AUGGAACCAUCUGAACGCGCAAAACUUCUGAUAGAGCAUUUUGGCGAUCGAGUAAAAAUCUGGAACACAUUCAAUGAACCGAAUAUAUUCUGCGAGUACGGCUAUGGCAGGAAUCUUCACGCACCUUUUGUUACUUCCGACGGUGUUGGCCCUUAUCUGUGUAAUUAUCACGUGUUGCUCGCGAAUGCAAAAGUUUACCGAAUGUACCACGAGCAUUAUAACAUCGACAAAAUUGGAAAAAUUGGUCUCGUCGUUCAAAGUCAUUUCUAUUAUCCCAAAGAUCCAAAAAAGCCGGAAGAUGUUGAGGCCGCUAACAAAAUGAUAGAGUUUUGGCUCGGUCAAUAUUCCCAUCCAAUAUUUAGUAAGACUGGCGGCUAUCCAAAAGUGAUGGUGGAUAUCAUUGGGAAAAAAAGCCUGGCCGAGGGUUUAAACGGUUCACGGCUACCAGUAAUUGACGAGCAUCAAAAACAUCUGAUCCGUGGAACUUCGGAUUUCUUUUUCCUAAAUUAUUACUCUAGUGCAUAUGCAGAGCCUGCUAAUGCGACCACGGCUCGAGAUUUUCCAAAGCCAUCUCUUCUGAACGAUGCAAAUGUGUUUACGACUCAAGAUGAAAAUUGGCCUGUAGCCGCGUCAUUUUGGCUGCGCUCUAUACCAGAUGGACUGAGAAAAUUGCUGAAUUGGAUAAAAAAGGAGUACGACAAUCCACCUGUAAUGAUCACGGAAAACGGUUGGUCUGAUCAUGGAGAAAUAGAAGAUAUUGGUCGUGAGCGGUAUUUGAAAGGUCAUUUAAAAGCUGUGCAAGAUGCAAUUUUGGAAGACGGGUGUAACGUUAUCGGUCAUAUGACAUGGAGUAUAAUUGACAACUUCGAGUGGACAUUUGGAUAUACCGAACGAUUUGGCUUGUACCAUGUGGAUUUUACGAGUGAGAACAAAACAAGAACACCGAAAAAUUCGAAUAAAUUCCUACGGAAAGUCAUCGAAACGGGAAAAAUUCCAUCUGAUUGAUGAGCUUUUUACCGUUAUAUCACAGUAUUUUGUACAUAUAAGGGCAUUAGUUGUGUAAGUCGGAACUGUCAUAAAUUGGUGUAGACAAAUAAAAUUUGGAAAGAUGAAAAAGCUCAAGCUUUAU